GCUCUAGUCUUGGCUGCGUUACCACCGACCAGUCCUCAGCCGGCAACAUGAAGCUGGGUGGCCUCUGCCUCCUGCUGCUCCUCGCCGUCCUUCUCACCCUCAAUGCAGAGCUCCAGGCAGUUGAUGUAGGUAUCUGUGUGACGGAGUGCCAUGUAGACCAGGACUGUGGGGCAGGAAGACGAUGCACCAGCAAUGGAUGUGGCCGUGUCUGCUCCCCAAUCCAGCGAAGAGAGGCCUGCGAGCACCAGUGCAGAGAAGACAGGGACUGUAGGAGUGGACAUGAGUGCGUGAGGAAGGGCUGUGGGCACGUCUGCUCCCCCAUCCCUGAAGCAGAUGUAGGUAUCUGUGUGACGGAGUGCCAUGUAGACCAGGACUGUGGGGCAGGAAGACGAUGCACCAGCAAUGGGUGUGGCCGUGUCUGCUCCCCAGUCCGGCGAAGAGGACUCUGUGUGGACCGCUGCCGAGGAAACUGGGACUGUGGGGCCGGAGAAGAAUGUAUCAGGAAGGGAUGUGGACGGGUCUGCUCUCCAGCCCAGGAGCCAGUGGUAGGUAUCUGUGUGGAUCAGUGCCGAAGACACUGGGAAUGUGGUCCACGGAUGCGGUGUGUCUCCACUGGAUGUGGCCACAUCUGCUCACCAGCCCAAGACCAAGUUGAACAGAGACCCGGAAAGUGUCCAGUGUUGCCAAGAGGAACGAUUGGACUUUGUGCUGAAUUUUGCUCCGGGGAUGACUCCUGUCCCAGCGGACAGAAGUGCUGCAGCAAUGGUUGUGGACACUCUUGCCAGACUGCUGUUCCAGACGAGAAAAACUUCCCUAUCCGUUUGGAUGACUGAUGAACCUUGGCCUCCUUCAGUAAUUGUUCCCACAUGUCACCUUUAUUUGAAGAGUUGGGCUUUUCCAGGAACUCCACCUUUGCCAGGAACCCCAGGAUCAUGGGGUGAGGUUCUAGCAUAACUUGGUUGAAGGGUUGCAUUCUGGCAAUUGUUUAAGGAAUACUGCUGCCAAAGGAUCCUGCUUCUGAAUAAAACAACUUCUCUGGCAUUA